CUGCCAAUUGACUUUUGUUUUCGUUUGCGUCUGGUCUCGUCUGGUUGUCUGCUUGGACAAUUCGGCGACUACAGAAUAUAGAAACCGUGUGCUCUGUGUGCAGUGUUAUUCCAAAAAUAGCAAAGCAAAGAUGAAAGUCACUUUGGCGUUAGCGACUUUCUGCGUGGUGGCUGCCUGCGCCAAUGCGGCCAGAACCACAACCACCACAGCGACCAAGCCGGGUCGCUUCCUCUCACUGCCCGUGCCCGCCAAGUGCGCUAGCCGCCCCAAGGAGUUCUCCUACCGCGGCAAAAACAUGUUCCUAACCACCCACGUGCCCGCUCUGGCCAACAAGAAGGUCGACUGGCUUGAUGGCCGCAACCUGUGCCGCGAAUACUGCAUGGACCUGGUUGCCCUGGAGACCCAAGAGAAGAACAAUCUGAUCUUCCGUGUGAUCCAGCAGAACGAUGUGCCCUACAUCUGGACCGCUGGCCGUAUCUGUGACUUUGCCGGCUGCGAGAAUCGCCCGGAUCUGGAGCCCAAGCAUGUCUAUGGUUGGUUCUGGUCUGCAACUCGCGAGAAGAUCCAGGCCACCAACCGCAUUCCACAGGGCUGGGGCUACAACCCCUGGUCUCAGACCGGACACAAGAAGCGCCCGCAGCCCGAUAACGCCGAGUAUGACAUCAACCAGACCAAGGAGCAGUGCCUGUCCGUGCUGAACAAUGUGUACAACGAUGGCAUCGCCUGGCACGACGUGGCCUGUUACCACGAGAAGCCCGUGAUCUGCGAGGAUAAUGAGGAGCUGCUGCGCUAUGUGGCUGCCACGAAUCCCGGCAUCCGUCUAUAAGCGGUUCGCGCUGUUUGCCUAAUUUUAAAGCUACUUAUUAUAAUAUUCCUUAAACACACGAGUUUUUGUAUCAUUUUUGUUUGUAUGAUGUACGACGUACGAAAACGGAAGAAAGCAAGACAAAUAGACUUUAGAAUUUACAAUUCCCGAUCUUACCACCUAUAAUACUGUCAUCAUUCCAGCACCCACUAUCUAUCUAUCUAUCUAUCUAUAUGUCUCGUUUCGAAACUGCCAAUUUUACGCGUAGAAUCCCCAUUUCCGUGGUAAACAAUUGGGUUGCUUCGCAGAGCCUUCCUUAACUUGAAUAUUUAUGGAGCGAUCGCAGUCUUAAAUUGCGACAAACAUUCGGAAUCUCUUGAGUAUUUUAUUUUUGAGACACUCACCUGUUCUUCCCCACAAAAAAGAGAUUGAAUAAAACUUUGAAAAAGAUCCCAUUAAAAACAAAACAAAAAAAAUUAAA